UUCCCUUUUCAUUUUCCCAUUCUAAACACACAAAAAAACACCCAUUCUUCCAUCAAAUGGCAAACGAAUCCCUCGGGCUCGAGAUCACCGAGCUUCGCCUAGGUCUCCCUGGCAACAACGACAAAAACGAGAAGAAACGAGCCUACGCAGAUAUCGUCGAUGAAGAUGAGCCAACUAGGGACGAUGUCGACCGAAAGAAUAACACGACGAGUAAGGGACAGGUCGUGGGAUGGCCACCUGUGUGUUCUUAUCGAAAAAAGAAUAGCUUUGGAGAAAAAGAGUCGUUGCUUAAGAAUGAGAAUUCGAAAAUGUACGUGAAGAUUAGUAUGGAUGGAGCUCCAUUUCUGCGUAAACUUGACUUGGGUUCUCAUGAAGGUUACUCGGAUCUUGCUGUUGCUCUCGAGAAGCUCUUUGGUUGCUUUGGAACCGGGAAGACAUCAAAGCAUGGAGAAAGUUCUGAUUACGUUCCCAUUUACGAGGACAAAGAUGGAGAUUGGAUGCUUGUUGGAGACGUCCCAUGGGAGAUGUUUAUCGAAUCGUGCAAAAGGCUAAGGAUAAUGAAGAGAUCCGAGGCCAAAGGGUUCGGCCUGCAAUUUAAAGAUCUAUGAGCAUUGAGCAGAAGAAAAUGGAAAGAAGAGGAAGAUGUCCUCUAAAAAUGAAGGCAUAUUUUCGUUAAUUUUUAUAUUUUUAAUCUUUUGGUUAAUUGUUAUGACUUUAUUUUGUUUGAAAAUAGACAUAAAAGUCAUUCCUAUAAUUAUUAUAGGACCUCUUUAUUAAUUGUAAGUGUGCCAUGCUAUUUUAGGAGGG